AUGGCUGUGCAUGUUAGUUCUGAUUUGAAGCAGAGCCGAGGCAAUUGUAUUGCUGUACUGAAUCCACCAAAACCAAACUUUUCCAUCAAGUUGUUCGCUUCACAUCAAGAUGAUAAGGGGAGAUCCCAAUCGAGCGCAGAAAGAGAUUUUUUUAACCUUAUUCAUGAAUCCUCUUUCAAAGGCUUCCAAGCAUAUGAUAGUGAGGCUAAACAAAAGAGAAAAGAAGAUAUGGGACAAGGAAGCCCUUCAUCUGAGAAAAUGAAGCUGCUUAUUGCACUGCUCAUUUUGCAGCUGUGCUUUGCAGGAUUUCACAUUGUCUCUAGAGUUGCACUUAAUAUUGGUGUCAGCAAAAUUGUAUACCCAGUUUAUAGGAAUAUCAUUGCCUUGCUUCUACUAGGACCCUUUGCUUAUUUUAUGGAAAAGAAAGAUAGACCACCUCUUACUUUCUCCUUGCUGGUUGAGUUUUUCCUCCUAGCAUUAGUGGGGAUCACAGCAAACCAAGGAUUUUAUAUCCUAGGUUUGUACUAUGCAUCUCCAACCUUUGCUUCCGCUAUGCAAAAUUCAGUUCCAGCGAUUACAUUUGUCAUGGCAUCUGCUCUGGGACUCGAGCAAGUUAAUGUUGCGAGGAGGGAUGGUUUAGCUAAGAUUCUGGGGACCAUAGCAAGUGUAAGUGGUGCUACAAUCAUAACCCUUUACAAAGGUCCUCCCCUUCUCCACCACAGCCCGGAAAGCAAAUCGUUAGAAGAGGACAUGCUUUUCUCUUCAAUGAAAAAGCAGAAUUGGACAUGGGGCUGUGUCUGCCUUCUCGGCCACUGCUUAUCUUGGGCUGGCUGGAUGGUGGUUCAGGCUCCAAUUGUUAAGAAGUAUCCAGCAAAGUUGUCACUGAUCUCAUUUACAUGCUUCUUCGGAUUGAUCCAAUUUCUGAUCAUAGCAGCUUUUGCAGAAAGGGAUCCCAAUCACUGGCAAAUCCAGUCAGGGGAGGAGAUUUUCACUAUCCUUUAUGCUGGAAUUGUGUCUUCGGGGAUCGUGAUCUCUCUUCAAACUUGGUGUAUUCAAAAAGGAGGUCCAGUCUUCGUAGCCAUCUUCCAACCAGUUCAAACAGUAUUAGUAGCUCUUAUGGCAUAUGUGAUUCUUGGGGAUCAGUUUUACACCGGAGGGAUUGUUGGAGCAGCUCUUAUUGUCGUUGGACUGUACUUAGUAUUGUGGGGGAAAACUGAAGAGAAGAAACAAGAAAACAAAGAUGCUAACGAGACAUUGACAAAACAUCUUCUUGAUGACAGCAAUAAAUCCAAAAAUCCCGUUGCUCAAUCUGACAUUCCAUAGGAUAUCGACUCCAUAGAGGUUUACAAUAACCAAAGGAUGUUGCUGGACAUGAAUAUUAUUGAUCAUGAUAUUGGAAGGAAAUAUCCAUAUGGUCAGUGAA